AUGCAAUCAGAUCCAUAUAAUUGGCCAUUUCCAAAUAGAAAUGAUUUAAUGAAUCUAUCUACCAUAAGUAUGAAUUAUUGAAUAAAUGAGAAAAUUAAAAGAGAGAGUUUAUUUAUGAUAAUAGAGCAUAAUCAACUAUGUCAAUAGAAGGCAUUGAUGGAGCUGCUCCUAAAUUAAAGCCUUAUCAAUAUAUCAAUAAAGAAUAAUUUUGCAAUCGAGAUGAUGAUAUUCCAGGAACUAAAUCUAGACCUUUAAUCAGAUAUACAAACAGAUCAGAUAAUCAAUUAAUGAUUGAUGAUAUUAAAGGAACACGUCCAUAAAUCUGUAAAUUUUAGACUAAUCGUUAACCAAUCGAUCCCCUUGAACCAAUUUACAAAAUUCCCUCUUAUGAAUAGGCUGAACCUUAUAAUCCUAAAUUUAUUAGAGAUAGCUAUAAUGUCACUGAUAUUGAAGGAACUUAGCCAUCAAUAAUUAAUCCAAGAUUAAAAAAAUAACCAAUCCCUUUGCCUGAUAUUGAAGGCUCACAUUCAAAAUAAUUACAUGUAUAAAAAGGUAUAAGUCUUUCUUUUACUAAAUUUCUAGAUGGUGUUAAUUCCCUAUUAGUCAAAGAUAUUAACAAUGAUAUGAUACAUAAAUACAUAAGAAAUACAAAUCCAAUUGAACCAGUCUAUACUCAUAGAGAUGAAGAUGGGUAUUAAGAAUUCUUAAUUUAGAAAGAAAAUCGAAAUAGGUUUUGUUGAAGGCAGUAAAACAAAGUAACUGCAUCCAAUAACUAUAAAUAAAAGUGCAUCCUCUACUCUAGUUACCUAAGAUAUUAUUGGUGCAUAAGCAGGAUCUCAUUCUUAACAUUUUUUAAGAUCCAGUGAUAGAAAAGAUUAUAGAUAAAUUAAUAAUGUCUAAGACAUUGAAGGUGUAUAAGCAGGAUCACUUAAAAAGGGAAUUGUGAGUAAAAGAUAUACAAAUCCUUUGAUGCCAGCCUACUAAAUGCCUGGAAAUGCUGAAUUAUAGUAAUAUUAUCUUUAAUUUCAGUUCCACAUAACCAAAAAGUGUUUUCUCAAAGAAUGCCAGUAAUUAAAUGUUUACUAAUGCUUAAAAAAUGGAUAAAUUUUUAUCACUAGGAUGA